AUACAUAUCAGCUUUGGUAUUAUUCAGAAUCUAAAUCUCGGACAGAGUGGCCAUGCGCAACUCAAUCGUAUACAUUCUGCUGUGGAUUCUGGCGGUGAGCGCGGUCCACUGCAGCUUGGUGUUUGAUCGGCUAUUCCCUGGCCUUAAAUAUCCAAGUGCUUCUAGGCAGCAAUAUUAUCCUGGCAACUACGACUACAGACGACCGGCGCCAGCUCGACCUCAGAAACCUGUGCGAUCCUACAAGGACAUCUGUAGGGUGGUUAACAGCAACGGGUUCUUAAAUCCAGGCGGAGUGCCUAAGUGUCCUUAUUAGACGGCCCAGCAUUUUAUACAACAAAACCAAUGCGCAACUAAUAAAAACAGAAGCCCAGGUGACCUUUCAUAAAGUCUAAGCCGCAUUUACCAUUUGUACAUUUUUCUAAGGAUCAACGGAAGCCAUUUACUAGCCUGCACUGUAUUUUAUACAUACACUUAAAACCACAUGUACAAGUUGGGUAAUUCACUAAAUAAAUAUAAAUAUAAAAGCGGUG